AAAAAAUAGAAAUUUCUCUUCAACAAACUGGCGCAUUACUUACAGAAAUCGGGUUCUUUGUCCAAAAUACGUUUGUCCCCGUCGAGACGGGGGACUGAGGGAGUAUAUAAUUAAAGUAUAUUCAGUUCAUUCGUUUGUAAUAAGCAAUUCCAAAUUUUGGGAGAAAAUGGAGAAAGAUUUGGUAGAAGAACUAAAACAGGCUCGUAGACUAGUUGUGAGCUUAGCGAAAGAGGUUGAUUUCAAGAAUCAGAAGCUUUGGGAAUUGGAGCGCAAGUUCAAUGAGGCUUCUACUGCUUUGGGGAGAAUGGUUGCUGAGAAAGAUAAGCUCCAUGAAUCUUUUGCUGAAGAGAUGAGGAAGAUGCAGUUCAUUGAGCAAAAAAGUGAACAGCUGAAAUAUGAAUCAGAGUGUAAAAUAAAGAAGAUUCAAUCAAAUGGGGUAGAAAAUGAAAAGCUGAUACAAGAUUUGUUCUAUAAACAGAAAGAACUUGAGCAGCAAAAAUCAGAAUUGGAUAAGCGAGAAGCGGAAUUUGAAGUCGAGCGUAAAAAAUUUCUGGCCGAAAAGGAAAAGCUGAAAUCUCAAGUUCCUCUUGAGGGUGACUAUAACAUGACAUUCCAGAUAGAGGAUCUAAUGUCAGAGUUGGCCGAAAAGACUGAGGAAUUGAAUGAUAUGGAAGUUCUAAACCAAACUCUUAUUAUGAAAGAGCACAUGAGCAAUGAUCAGUUACAGGAGGCGCGCAAAGAAUUAUUAAAUGUUUUACCAGAUCUUACAGAUAGUUCUGUAGUUGGAGUCAAGAGGAUGGGAGAGGUUAAUCAAAAACCCUUUCAAGACGCGUGCUUGCAGAAAUUCUCAAUUGAAGAAGCAGAGAUGAGAGCUAUGGAGCUAAGCUCAUUAUGGCAGAUCAAGGUCAAUAAUUCAAACUGGCAUCCUUUUAAGCAAGUCUUUAAAGAUGAGAAGUUGCAGGAAAUGAUUGAUGAAAAUGAUCAAGAAUUACAAGAAUUGAGAAAUCAAUGGGGGGACGCAGCUUAUGAAUCUGUAGUGAAGGCAUUGUUGGAGCUGAACGAAUAUAAUCCAAGUGGGAGGUACGUAGUUUCAGAGCUUUGGAACUACAAGGAAUGUAGGAAAGCUACUCUAAAAGAGGUGAUUGUUUGCUUAGUCCAGCAAUUGAAGUCUCUCAAGUCGCUUAAGAGGAGAAGAUGAUCGGUGAUGGUAUACAUCACAGGGCGGGCUCUAGUAUGUCAAAGUAAUUGACAUACAGUAGCCGCCAUAACCGAGCCUCGAGAGCACAGCUGGAAUGUUGUCUAAGUUGUAAACUAGAUAAUGGUGGUUGUAAUCUAGAUUGUAGUAGCUGUAUAUUAGUGUUAACAUGGUUGCUGAUAUGUUGGAUUUUCGCUUAUUAAGCUGUCUUAGGAUGUGAAACCCUGCUGUUAUAUUCUUUUAUGAGAACUUUUUUCUUAUA